AGUUCCACAGGUUCUGGUAAUCGACCUUUUGUCCUCUCGUCUUAUCACCGUUUCCUCGGUUGUGUGCGUUGUGUGUUGUUCUCCGCGCUGCAUGCCAGCACGCUGCCCUCAGCGAGGAGUGUUCAAGGUUCAGGAGAUAACGAGCCGACGGAGCUGGUGUCGUGUUGCUGGGAUCAGAUUACGACCUGCGACCGCCGACAGCUAACGAGAGUCUGAGAGCUACCAGAGCCACCAGAGCUACCAGAGCCUCCGAGCUACCAGAGCCUCCGAGCUACCGACGCUAACAAAGGACUUCCUGUUGUUGCUCGGCAGCGUUGCCAUGGCCGACGGGACCCCGCGGCGCCUGCUGCUGCUGCUCUGCCUGUCGGGACUCGCCCGCCGCUCGGCCGCCGCCGUGUUCUGGACGGCCGUGGUGGAGAUCAGCUUCUCCGCCGGCAUCAACCACACGGUGGACCGGUACUGCGACUGCGGGGUGUACGGCAGCAACUCCCCGGUGGAGCGGGCCUCCGGCGCCGCGCGGCUGCCCCGGGCCGACCCGCGGGGCUGCGGCCCGGAUCCCGUCUACGACCGCAACGCCAGCUCCCCACCCUGGAUCGCGCUGGUGAAACGGGGGAACUGCACCUUCAGCGAGAAGAUCAACGCCGCCAAACGCCAGGGAGCCGCCGGCGUGGUGGUGUACAACGAGGACGGCAGCGGCAACCGCACCUCCCACAUGGCGCACGCCGAGGCCGCCGGCAUCGUGGCCGUCAUGAUCGGCGGCGGCCGGGCGGCGGAGGCCGUGCGCCUGCUGAGCAACGGCACGGAGGUGCGGCUGCUGGUGGCGCCCGGCAGCCCGCACGGGCCCUGGAUGGACGCGUACUGGCUCUACUUCCUGUCCGUCGCCUUCUUCCUCGUCACGGCCGCCUCCAUCACCUACUUCGUGUUCGUCUCGGCCAACCGGCUGUUCCGCCUGGGCGCCGGGCGCCGCUCCGAGAGGAAGCUGCUGGCGGAGGCCGAGAAGGCCGUGGGCCGCCUGCGGGUCCGUAAGCUGCAGGCGGCCGACCCCGAGACGGCCUCCGACGCCCACGCCUGCGCCGUGUGCCUGGAGGCCUACGGGGCGGGCGAGGCGGUGACGGUGCUCACCUGCAGCCACGUGUUCCACCAGGCGUGCAUCGAGCCCUGGCUGCUGCGGCGCCGGACCUGCCCCAUGUGCAAGAGCGACAUCCUGGCGGCGCUCGGCGUGGCCCGGGACACCAAGGAGGACGUCCCCGUGGUCACGGUGGUGGGGGGCCGUCACUAUGACAACGGGGCCUUCGAGGUGGACUCGCCGUCCGGCCGGCGGUGAGCCGAUGGUCGGCUCGCCGCCUCCUGGUCCAGCAGCAAGGAAUCAACCAAUCAACCGGCAGGAGGCGGAGCUUCUUUUAUUAAGACAUUCCACGGAUUUUAAAUGUUAAUGGACUUUGUGUGAUGAGUGGACGGCCCUCUGUCCUCUGUCCUCUGUCCUCUGUCCUCUGUCCUCUCUCCUCUGUCCUCUGUCCUCUCUCCUCUGUCCUCCUCCCUCUGUCCUCUCCCUCUGUCCUCUCUCCUCUGUCCUCCUCCCUCUGUCCUCUCUCCUCUGUCCCUCUGUCCUCUCUCCUCUGUCCUCUCUCCUCUGUCCCUCUCUCCUCUGUCCCUCUGUCCUCUGUCCUCUCUCCUCUCCCUCUGUCCUCUCUCCUCUGUCCCUCUGUCCUCUCUCUGUCCCUCUCUCCUCUGUCCCUCUGUCCUCUCUCCUCUGUCCUCUGUCCUCUCUCCUCUGUCCUCUCUCCUCUGUCCCUCUGUCCUCUCUCCUCUGUCCUCCUCCCUCUGUCCUCUCUCCUCUGUCCUCUCUCCCUCUGUCCUCUCUCCCUCUGUCCUCUGGUCCCUCUGUCGCUCUGAGGUUAUGAGGUCGACCCUCAGGCAGCGGGAAGGAGAGCAGCUAAUAUCUGCCUGUGGUCCGGCUCCCUCACCUCUGACCUCUGACCUUUGUUUCAGAGCAGAAUUAGUUUCUCUUAAUUCAAUAGAUUUGAAUAAUUUGACUAUUUAAAAGUGUGUGUUAGAGUUUUACUGUUGGAUCACACCCUGGUGGACACACCUGCACAGGUGACUCACUGCCGAGGGGCUCUUAUGAAACCCUGGGACACGUUUCACACGUUAGCCUAAAGUCCUCCGUACCCUCUCGUGGUUUAGGGGAUGUGGAGCAGCUGAGGAGGUCAGGGGGGGUCAGGAGGAGUCAGGGGGAGUCAGGAGGUGAUCAUGAGGCGUUCAGGUGAUCAUGAGGCGUUCAGGGACAGGUGUGUCCCGGCGCCGUGAGGUGUUCCCCAUCACGUGGCGUUGUGUCUGUAGAUAAAUGAUGUGAAGCUUCUCUGAGCAGCUGAAGGCCUCCAGGGCUGGUUAUGAUGUUUAUAACGUGGUUGACCUCUGACCCCGAGUUAACCACCAGUUGAACCUCUUCAGACGUCAGCGAAGCUAAAGCAGUGUUGGUGGAACGUUGAUCGAUCAUGUCUCUGCUACGGAUCCCAGAAGUCUUCAAUUGUUCUGUAAACAUUAAUAAUCAUGAAUCAUAUUUCUGUAUUGAAUCACAUUGAUGAAUAAAUCCCUCAGAGAGGUUUAAAUUAU